CUCCGCAACGAGAGAGGCCACAACAGUGAGAGGUCCGCGUACCGCAAAAAAAAAAAAAGGUAUGUUGGGAAGAGAACCACUGGGUCUUUUCACUCGCUUAAAAGCAUACACUGAGCGCCUUCUACCGAAUUGCAUGUAGGUUGAGGUAAGGGUUAGUACAUACAAGUCUUUUAAGACCGCACAUCCGGGCCACCGAUGAGCCAGUCAGAGGCCCCGCCCUUCUGGAGGCGGGGCCACGGGCGACCAGCACGUACCUCCGCUGCGUCGCGCCGCGUCCAAUGCUUCCUGAGCGCCGGGGGCGGGCCUGUGCGGCGCGUGGCUAGAACCUGGGGAAUAUCCGCGCGGGCUUGAGCCAUGGCUGAAAGUGGCCGGCCACCUCAGGCACGGGCCCUCCUGCAGCAGUGCCUGCACGCCCGGCUGCAAGUACGCCCCGCCGAAGGGGACGCCGCGGCCCAGUGGGUGGAGGUCCAGAGAGGAUUAGUGAUCUACCUGUGCUUUUUCAAGGGAGCUGAUAAAGAGCUUCUUCCCAAAAUGGUUAAUACACUGUUAAAUGUGAAAUUAAGUGAAACAGAAAAUGGCAAGCGUGUCUCUGUAUUGGAUCUACCUGGCAACAUUCUUAUCAUCCCUCAAGCCACCCUUGGGGGGAGAGUAAAAGGAAGAAGCAUGCAGUAUCACUCUAACUCUGGAAAAGAAGAGGGGUUAGAACUUUAUUCCCAAUUUGUGACUCUCUGUAAAAAAGAAUUAGCUGCUAACAGCAAGUGUGCUGAAGCUGGGGUUGUGGUGGAACAUGGCACUUACGGCAACAGGCAGGUGUUAAAGCUCGAUACCAAUGGACCAUACACACACCUAAUUGAGUUUUGAAAAAUUAAAAGUUUCUACAGUUGUAAUUAGAUUCUCUUCCCCUUCUGCUUGAGUACACUAAUCUGCAGCAUUUUUAGACAAGAAAAUCCUGGGUCCCAUCCAUACCUCUGCAGCCUGCUACUUGGACGACCUCGCCACGUCACCUAAACUCUGGAUCUCAGUCACCUUCCAUCCUGCUUUCCCCUAAACUCACACUCAAAAUUUUGAAAAAUGCCUUGUAUUCGCCUUAUGGUCAUUGAUAAGAACAUGGAAAUGUUUUUAGAGAGCUGUAUUUAAGCAUUUUGUGCAAUCAAGAAAAAUAUGUUUCUUAUACCCUCAAAUGUAUGUAAUAUGUAGUAAAAAUCACUAUUUGUGUUACGAUUAUAAUUUUGUCAAUUUUGUUUUAGUAUUUCAGAUUUCCGUAUUUUGAAUGAAAGAAUAUGCAAUUUACUAGUCCUUCUAAUAAUAUCUAUGAAAAUAUAAUACAGAAAUGUUAUUGUACAUUUUAAUAUUAUUUUCCAAGGACAUCCAAGUGCUUUAAAUUAUUUUAAGAAUCUUUAGUUGAUAUAGCAAUAAGGUAUGGGGGACUAAAAGGUUUUUUUAUUUAAUAUACUAAUGGCUUAAUAUUCUGUUUCUCAUUUUUUUACCAAAACAAUGUGUGUUGCAUUUUCUGUUUUUGGUUUUUAAAAGUUACUGUUUCAUUAAAUUAAUGUUCAUAAAUUUUUUUAGGAAGUUCCUUUCUUGUUGGUUUAGAUUGCUGUAAAAGGAAUAAAAGGAAUAAAAAGGGAGGCUUUCUACUGGAA